GAUUUGCCGAUUAAAAGAAAACGUGGCUUUAUUAUUUGGAAUCCUGAAUCUCCAUCAUCUGUAUCGAGAAUUGUACAAAAAUGGAAAUCACAGCAAGGAACAUCAUAAAAUUUUUAGUGAUACAUCAUGGCCUUAGCUGGUGCAAAAUUAUGGAAAGAAUCAGCUACAUUAAUUCUAUUAGCCCGAAACAGCAAAGCACAAGUGAAAACAGAUAAAUUUGACUAUAAGGUUCUGGUUUUAAAAAGAAGUGCUAAAUCAGGCUUUAUGCCAUGCAGCUUAGUUUUUCCUGGUGGUGUAAUUGAGAAGGGAGAUUCCUCUCGGGACUGGUUAGCUUUAUAUGAAUCUUUAGGAGUAUCGUCCAGCUCUCUAAAAAGAGUCACUCAUGUAUCAGGAGAGAGACCGCCUAUAUUCCAAUAUAAACCUAGUGAACUCGAAAUGAAAAGAGAAAUAUCAUUGCGGAUAUCGUGUAUACGUGAGACUUUUGAAGAACUUGGUGUUUUACUGUGCAGAGACAAAGAAGACAUUCAAAGGGAAGCUGAAAAUGAAAGUGUUGCAUCUCAAUUUGCAACUUUUAAAUCUAUAGAAGAAGUUAAAAAUUGGCAGACAAAAGUCCAUAAUGAUCAUAAUGAGUUUAUACAUCUGUGUGAGACCCAUUCUUUGGUUCCUGACAUAUGGGGUACGCAUGAAUGGAGCGCCUGGUUAACACCCACAGCAUUAAAAGGACCCCGUUUUGAAGCUGCCUUUUACUUGGCUGCAGUCAAUGAAGUACCUGAAGUAUAUGCAGAAAAAACUGAAGUUCAAAAUGCCAGAUGGAAUUCUCCUGCGGAGCUUUUAGAAUUGCAUGAUAAAGAGCAGGAGUGGUUACCUCCACCACAACAUUAUGAACUUUCCCGGCUUGCAGGAGUAGAACAACUGGAUAAUGUAGCAACAUUUGCAAAACAGAGGAGUAGUAAAGGCACCAAGUUAUUCUAUCCCAUAUUUGUUAAUGCAAAAGAUGGAAUUAUACAUCUUUUACCAGGUGAUAAGCAUUAUCCAGAGAAACCCAACUUGGAAAAUGGAGAGGGUGAUGCAAAGCAUCAGAAUGAUAUUCCCAUGGAGAAACAAAGACCAAGUGACGGCCCUGUUCAUAGAACUGAACACCGUCAAAGAUUCUUUAAAAUGCAACUUGUCGUAUCUGAAUUUGAGCCACACUGUGGCCAUUUGAAACCUAUUAUUAACACAAAGCCUAAACCUGUAGUUGAUUCGAAGUUAAAAGUAACUGUUAACGUGGCAAAACCACAACAAACUAAGAAAACUGUUGUUGUUGAUGCUAAGACGAAGGUAACUCCUGUUGCUGAUGCUAAGACAAAAGUAACUCCAGUUGCUGAUAAAAGCAAGCAAGUGAAGCCAAUUGUUAAUAAAGAAAAACCAAAAGAUGAUGUAGCAAAAACAAAUUUGAAAAAGACUGAAGUGAAACCGAGCACGAGCCCAAAGAAAAUAGCAUCAAAAGAAGAAGUGAAGCCUGUUGAAUCAAAAGAUAAACCAGAACAAUAAUUAUGAUAAUCGUAGAAUUUGAAAUUUUAUAAUACAUUCCAUAUAAGUAUG